AUGGCUGUUUUCUAUCUUAUUUGCCUACUUCUUUUCCAACCAGCGGCAUCUCAAAGCCUAAAGAGCCUUGCCGGGUACUUUUCUUCUCUUUCGUUGAUCAAAUGCCCUGUUCGCUGUGACGACUCCGGUCCCUCCCAGAAUUGGACUCGUUACCACGCCGUGGAUCAGCUUACGACUUGCGACAAGCCACCACAUCUCAGCUUUGCGUUCAGCUCAUCAAGCCCCAACGUUGACAACCAGGACAAUAUCACCAUACCUUUCGUGGUCCUCAGUUGCUCCACCAAUAAAGGGCACUUGGUCCUUGAUGAGCAGUCGAAGGUGUUCGACAGCUUGACCAAAAAAGGCGCCAAGAACAGCACCGCCAACAUCGAGAUAUUCUCAGAAUCUGUUUCAGACCUUCAAAUUCCUGGCCAGAAGUUCGCAGUCAUCAGAGAGAUCCAGGCAUCUCUUCUCUUCAACACCAGCGCAGCAACGGAACAUUUUGACGGCAGCAUUAAACUUGUGUCAAUUAUGGAGACACCAUAUUGGCUAGAAGAGUUCAUAGCUCUCGUCCAGGACCGCGACGACAAAACAUUGACUGGUCUCCAGCUUUGUGGGGCUAACCGCACCGUACAAUACACCAUGGGAGUCUUUCUCGACAUCACCGCUGAUGUGGCACUGAGGCUCUUCAGGGUACAGCAUGCACUCGAGGCCUGGUCCUUGUCGCAUUGUGUCGUGGGACUUGGUCAACGGGAGUCACUCAAACCUUCCACAUUCUGGCUGCGUGAGCCCAGUAGAACAGCCCUUCUCAAUGGUACCAACAGCAUCGGCAACUGGACGACCCCCGUUUCACCAUUCAAUCGCGCUAUGGCAAAGACAUCAUCUCAUGUGGCCGAGUGCCGGACGAUCCAAGUUGCCUCCGGAGAUAGCUGCGCAUCUCUGGCCCAUAAGUGCGGGCUGAAGAACGCCAAUGACAUCACCAAGUUCAAAUCCACAGAAGCACUUUUGUGCCACACUCCGUCCAAGUCAGCACAUUUGCUGCUCGGUUGGUACACUGCCCGACGUUCGACCAAAGCCUACGCCUGA